GGAGAACGCAGCACAGCACCGCCAGUUCCUCUCACUGACGAAUUAACCUGGAGCCCCUGUUUUAUUCAUACACAGGCUGAGCAGCUGGACUGAAGAAUGGCCAUGUGGUGGUUACAAUUAGGGCUGAAGGCUUUGAUUGUUAUUUUGACCCUGUCAAGUUCAAUCAGAUGCCAAAACAGAAGGAGGAAAGGACAGAGAGAUGAUAACCACAUCCUCAUUAAUGAGGCCAAAUCCCUUAUCUGCCCAGUGGAGAUUAUGUUCAUUGUGGACAGUUCAGAGAAAGCCAAAGCGCUGCUUUUUGAGCGACAGAAGGAGUUCAUCCAGCGUUUCAGCACCAAGCUCAUGCAGCUCCACUCUGAUGGCUGGCGGCUGCGGCUGCGGCUGGCCGCUCUGCAGUACAGUAGCACUGUUUCAGUUGAGCACAACUUCAGAGACUGGCAAGAUCUGGAUGUAUUCCAGAGCCGGGUGGCCGCCAUGACCUUCAUCGGUCACGGUACCUACUCUGCCUAUGCAAUCACCAACGCCACCAGGGUCUUCAGCCACGAGACGUCUUCCAGCAGCCUGAGGGUAGCAAUGUUGAUGACAGACGGAACGGACCACCCUCGCAGCCCUAGCGCUGUUACAGCUGCUGCUGAGGCCAAACAGCACAACAUCAGGGUAUUCACCAUCAGGCUGUCGGGCCAGACCAAGGAUGGUCCUAUUGGUGCAAAGCUGCGCUCCAUUGCCAGCGCUCCCCCACAGCAGCACGUACUCAGCCUUACCGACAGCCAGCUGGAUGACAAACUCUUUAAUGAACUGAACGCAGUUGUGAACGCUGGGUGCCCACACCCAAAGACCUGCCUGUGUGAAAGGGGGGAAAGGGGUCACCCUGGAUCUCCAGGGAAACCAGGGGAGGUGGGGUCUGAUGGAGUGCCAGGACCAAAAGGAUCUCAUGGGGAACCUGGUAUUAAUGGACGUCCAGGAAUGGAAGGCCUUGAGGGUCAACCUGGCAGCAAAGGGGGAAAGGGAGAAAAAGGUGAAUGUGGUGCCCAUGGUAAAAAGGGAGAACAAGGUGCAGAUGGAACUCCUGGCCCCAGAGGUCCCAGAGGAGAGCAGGGAGCCACGGGAGGACCUGGAGACCAGGGUCCAGAGGGGCCAUCUGGCUCUAAAGGUGAGCGAGGACCAAGGGGUGCACCUGGACCUCCAGGAGAUAAUGGUGUUGGGUUCCCUGGUCCCAAGGGUGAGAAGGGAAACCAUGGAAGACCAGGUCCACCUGGACCAUUGGGUAUAGGUGAACCAGGCACUACAGGUCCAGCAGGGCCACCAGGGAUCCAAGGAUCUCCAGGGUUUCCAGGUGAGGGUCUCCCCGGAACCAAGGGUGACAGGGGGUAUGAGGGUCCUAAGGGCAGCCGUGGACCUCCAGGAUUAGGGUACAAAGGUGAUAAGGGAAACACAGGAGCCCCCGGGCUGCCAGGUUCCGUGGGGUUUCCAGGGGCAGGCAUCCAUGGAGAAAAGGGUGACCAAGGGCCUGCUGGGCCUUCGGGUCCCAGGGGACCUCCUGGAUUGGGUAUAGUUGGACCAAAGGGUGACCAGGGUUUCCCAGGAGAACCUGGACCUCAGGGAGAGAGGGGGAUUGGUGAGCCGGGACCAAAGGGGGAGCAAGGACCCGAUGGGGCUGCUGGGAUACCUGGUAUUCCUGGUGAGGAUGGAGCUGCUGGGCAUAAGGGAGAGAUGGGUUUGCCAGGUCUGCGAGGCCCAGAGGGAGCACUGGGGAAAGGUAUCCCUGGAGAAAAGGGAGAUAGAGGUGACCGUGGGCCAAGGGGACUCUCAGGGUCUCCAGGCCCAGCUGGCCCUGCUGGAGCUAAGGGAGAACCUGGCAGCCCAGGAAUGGUAGGCCUACCUGGAAUUGCUGGGCGUGGCUUACAGGGACCAAAGGGAGAUCCUGGGCCUGUGGGACCAGCUGGACCUGUAGGUGAACCUGGACUAGGACUCAUUGGGCCGAAGGGUAAUAAAGGAAAUCCUGGGCCUAUGGGACCACCAGGGAUGAAGGGAGAUGGCUUCCCAGGACCACAGGGACUGCCUGGCUUACCAGGAGUGCAAGGAGAGAUGGGAGCUGAAGGGAAAGGACUACCUGGACCUAAGGGUGACAGAGGCUUACCGGGGGUCCCGGGCCCAUCAGGGCCUCCUGGAAUCGGACUGUAUGGACCGAAGGGCUUUACGGGGCAGCCUGGUCCACCAGGACUCCUAGGGCCUCCGGGAGAGGGCUUCCAGGGACCAAAGGGAGAGCCGGGGUUUCAGGGGCCAGUGGGCCCUCGGGGGGCACCAGGGGACGGCCUCCCAGGAGAGAAGGGUGAUAGAGGCAUUCCUGGAGACCGUGGAAAGAAAGGAGACAAGGGAGACUAUGGAGAACCUGGAUCUACUGGACCAAUGGGGAGACCUGGAGAAAAGGGUGAACCAGGACUGACAAGAGAUGAGGUCAUCAGAAUAAUAAGGGAAAUCUGUGGCUGUGGUCUGAAGUGCAGAGAGAGCCCUCUGGAGCUGGUGUUUGUGAUAGAUAGCUCUGAGAGUGUGGGACCAGAAAACUUUGAGCUGGUGAAGGACUUUGUGAAUGCUCUUAUUGACCGGUUAUCAGUAAGCCGAGAAGCUAGCCAGAUCGGCGUGGUGCUCUACAGUCAUGUGGACAUGGUAGUGGUCAGUCUGCAGCAGCAGUACAGCCAGGAUGACGUCAAGGCCGCAAUCAGGAAGAUGCCCUAUCUGGGUGAGGGUACCUUCACUGGCAGCGCCAUCCAUCAAGCUAACCAGCUGUUCCGGGCCUCGCGACCUGGUGUGAGGAAAGUUGCUGUGGUUUUAACAGACGGGCAGGCCGACCCCCGUGACAUCAUGCAGUUUGAAGAAACAGCCACAGAGGCCCACGCAGAGGGGAUCGAGAUGUUUGUUAUAGGAGUCGUGAACAAGACCGACCCUCUGUAUGAACAGUUUCAGAUUGAGAUGAAUGUUAUUGCCUCUGAUCCAGAUGAAGAGCACGUCUACCUUAUAGAUGACUUCAGGACACUUCCCACUCUGGAAAGCAAAUUACUGAGUCGGAUUUGUGAGGAGGAUGACACAAUGGCCUUUCUACCAAAAAUUCACCCAGAGGUUCGAGAAGAAGGCCGUUUCAUAGAGUUCCCAACGGGAGAAGAGAUACAACAUGAAUUUACAGUGGAGACAGGAACCGCCCCAACUCUACAGUCCCCUGAAUCAGGGUGGCCUGAUGAGAACCUGGUUGAUGCUAGACAGUUGGUGAAACCUUGGAAAAGGCUUCCAGACAUCACGUUUGCCUCUCCUGGUGGCAGAGGGAAGCAAGGCCCUGGGGGAACCUCCAUAGUUGGCCCUCAGACUCCGACUGACUGGCUGCAUGGGGCAAAGAGCACACAGGCUCCAAUAAGCCCUCCUCCUUCAGCCCCGACAGACUCUUCAGUGCCAGAUGAAGGGUGCAGUCAGCCUCUGGACCCAGGUCCCUGUCGACAGUAUGUUGUCAAGUGGUACUACGACCCUGAUGCCAAUGCCUGUGCACAGUUCUGGUACGGAGGCUGUGAGGGCAACGCAAACAACUUUGAGACUGAAGCCAACUGCAGGAAUUCCUGUGUUUACACGUAA